UCUCGCUGAUGGCUGGGAGCCGGGCUGGGAGCCGGGCUCGGAGGCACUGGGCGGUCAGUGGGUUCCAGACGCGUCGCCGGCUGGUUGGGGUGCUGGCAUGGCCGCGUGCUUGUGAGUGCGGAGCGCGCGAGGGGCCGCUGCCACCAUGCCCAGGGGUGCGGGUGCCGCCGGGCUGUGCCUGCUGGCGCUCGCCCUGCCGGUGUGGAGCAGAAGAGGAAGUGGGGAGGGCAGCCCCCCUCUACAGCAUGAACUAAUAAUACCUCAGUGGAAGACUGCAGAAAGCCCCAUGGGCGAAAAGCAUCCACUCAAAGCUGAGCUCAGGGUAAUGGCUGAGGGGCGAGAGCUGAUCCUGGACCUGGAGAAGAAUGAGCACCUUUUCGCUCCAGCCUACACAGAAACCCAGUAUACUCCCAGUGGCACCCCUCAAACCACCACGCUGAAAUCCGAGGAUCACUGCUUUUACCACGGGACGGUGAGAAACGCAGAUCAGUCCAGUGUCACGCUCAGCACCUGCCGGGGAAUGAGAGGACUGAUCGUGGUGAACAGUAACCUCAGCUACAUCAUCGAGCCCCUCCCUGGCCAUGAGGGCCACCACCUUAUUUACAGGUCUGAACAUCUCAAGCUGCCUCCUGGGAACUGUGGGUUCGAGCACUCCGGAGCCAGCACGGGGGACUUGGGCCUUCAGUUUACAAACCAGAUCAAGAAAGGACUUCGCCGGAUGAAAAGGGACGAUUUAAGCUCCAUGAAGUAUGUGGAACUCUACAUCGUGGCGGAUUAUGCGGAGUUUCAUAAGAACGGACGAGACCAGGAUGCCACCAAACACAAGCUCAUGGAGAUCGCCAAUUACGUUGAUAAGUUUUACCGAUCCCUGAACAUCCGGAUUGCUCUCGUGGGCUUGGAAGUGUGGACUCACGGCGAUUUGUGUGAAGUUUCGGAGAACCCCUACUCUACCCUCUGGUCCUUUCUUCGUUGGAGGCGCAGGCUGCUCAUUCAGAAGAAACAUGACAAUGCACAGUUAGUCACGGGCAGGUCUUUCCAGGGCAUCACCAUCGGCCUGGCCCCGCUCAUGGCCAUGUGCUCCGUGUACCAGUCUGGAGGAGUCAACAUGGACCACUCUGAGAAUUCCAUUGGUGUGGCUGCCACCAUGGCCCACGAGAUGGGCCACAACUUCGGCAUGAACCACGAUUCUGCCAACUGCUGCCCAGCCAGCGAGGCUGACGGUGGGUGCAUCAUGGCAGCCGCCACCAGCCAUCCUUUCCCCAAAGUGUUCAAUGGAUGCAACAAAAGGGAGCUGGACAGGUAUCUGCAGACAGGCGGCGGGAUGUGUCUCUCGAACCUGCCGGACACCAGGACGCUGUACGGAGGCCAGCGAUGUGGAAACGGGUACCUGGAAGACGGGGAAGAGUGUGACUGUGGGGAGGAAGAGGAAUGUGAAAACCCCUGCUGCAAUGCCUCUGAUUGCACCCUGAGGGAGGGGGCCGAGUGUGCCCACGGCGCCUGCUGUCACCGGUGCAAGUUGCUGGCCCCCGGCACGCUGUGCCGCCAGCAGGCCCGGCAGUGCGACCUCCCAGAGUUCUGCACGGGCAAGUCUCCCCAUUGCCCCACCAACUUCUACCAGAUGGACGGCACCCCCUGCGAGGGCGGCCAGGCCUACUGCUACAAUGGCAUGUGCCUCACCUACCAGAAGCAGUGCCAGCAACUUUGGGGGCCUGGAGCCCGGCCUGCCCCUGAUCUCUGCUUUGAGAAGGUGAAUGUGGCAGGGGACACCUUUGGAAACUGUGGGAAGGACAUGAAUGGGGAGCACAAGAAGUGCAGCUUAAGGGAUGCCAAGUGUGGGAAGAUCCAGUGUCAGAGCUCUGAGGCCCGGCCGCUGGAGUCCAACGCGGUGUCCAUCGACACCACCAUCGUCAUGAAUGGGAGGCAGAUCCGGUGUCGGGGCACCCACGUCUACCGAAGUCCCCGGGAGGAGGGUGACAUUCUGGACCCAGGCCUGGUGAUGACCGGAACCAAGUGUGGUCACAACCAUGUCUGCUUCGAGGGACAGUGCAGGAACACCUCCUUCUUUGAAAUGGAAGGCUGCGGGAAGAAAUGCAAUGGCCACGGGGUCUGCAACAACAACCAGAACUGCCACUGCUUCCCGGGCUGGGCCCCGCCCUUCUGCGACACUCCCGGCCAGGGGGGCAGCAUCGACAGUGGGCCCAUGCCCACCGAGGGUGUGGGCCCUGUGCUAGCCGGAGUGUUCUCGGCCAUCUUUGUGCUGGUGGUCCUGGUGCUGAUGUACCACUGCUGCAAGCAGAAGAGCAAACUGAGCCAACUCAAGCCCUUCACCCUUCCCUCCAAGCUGAGGCAACAGUUCAGUUGUCCCUUCAGGGUGUCUCAGAACAGUGGAACUGGUCAUGCCAACCCAACGUUCAAGUUGCAGACCCCCCAGGGCAAGCGCAAGGUGACCAACACCCCUGAAACCCCACGGAAGCCCCCCCAGCCUCCUCCCCGGCCCCCUCCGGACUAUCUGCAUGGCGGGUCCCCUCCCAUGCCAUUGCCAGCACACCUCAUCAGGGCUCCUAGGAAUCCUCCAGGGGCCGGGUCCCAAGUAGAGAGGAAGGAGUCAUCCAGGAGGCCACCCCCAAACCGGCCAAUGCCCCCCCCACCAAAUUGCAUCCUCUCCCAGGAUUUCUCCAGGCCCCGGCCGCCCCAGAAGGCUCUCCCAGCUAACCCAGUGCCAGGCCGCAAGAACUUCCCCCGGCCAGGCGGCGCCUCCGUCCUGCUGCCCACUGCACCUGUCCCUCAGCACCCCCGGCCUCUGGGAGCACCUGCCCCGAAGUUUCCUGACAACAGGUCACACAGGGCUGGGGGGAUGACGAGCUCCAGAAUCUAGACCUGCCUGAGGGGCUGCUCCCUUCCCUUGAGGACUCUGAACACCGCAGUCUGGAAGAAGCCUGUCUGGCCGCCUCUGAGCCCUCCUCCCUUCCUCCCCUCCCCCUGGAACCACGGCAUCUCUGAAAAUCUCCUUCUUGACUCAGCGCCUCCCCAGUCUCCUCGGAGGCCCAGAGGGACCACUAUCCAAUAGCAUCCAAGUGUUGUUUUGUGCAAUAUACUGGCCCAGGGGUGGGGGGAGGGGCGUGCCGACGUGGGACCUCUUCCCUGCAGGAGAGGAUGAAUGGCAGCCUCUCCUCCAGCCUCCCUUCACCCGGCCCCUCACCUCAGAGGUGUCCCUGGCCCGCCGUCUGAGCCAAGAAGCCUAGCUGGGGAAAGUCCCCUUCAGCCCCUCAGGUCAGGACUUAGCUUGGAGAAGCCAUCCCUGCUUGUCCUGUGGUGGGGGGGGCAGGGGGGGUGAGCAGGAGAGCUUUCCGUUGCUUCUGUCCUCCUCGAAGGUCCCGAGCUAGACAGAGGCUGGGCGCGUAUGUACCCAGCCUCUGUAGCUCCGAGAUUUCGAGGGGUCACACCAGCCACUGCUGUGUCCCUGCCCAGGGCUUCGCUGGGGUCACAGCUUUUGGCUCUGCAGCCAGGUGAACAAAUCCAGUCCCCUCCUCACUGCCCCCAAACCCCGACGUUCCCAUAUUUACACGGGUCACUCCGACUCAGACAGGUACUAUUUGUAGGCAGUGUAGACAGCAGGGGGAGCACCAGGCCUCCUCUGAGCCCUAAUGCCAAAGGUUUCGACUCUUGACUCUCGAUGAUCCUUGGUUGCUCUCGUUUUCUCUUCUGCACUUUCCACGUACCCGGCGCUUUUGAUUUCUCCUUCCCCACUUGGACCCACCCCGUGUGCGGUGCCGCGGAGAGUGGACCCUUGGCAGCCCUGACUUCCUGGGGACCUGGUGCUUGGGACCUGCGUGUCAGGGUCCCACCUCCGGGGCUGGCUCCACUGGUUAUUUUUCAAUGUGUUUUGUGACCUCAGCGGGGUGAAGGUCUCUCCCCCACUCCCUGGCCUAAAUGUAGGUAAGGUCCCCGGGAAGAGCAGCAGGUGCAGUGACCUAGGGAGCGGGCACCCUAGGAACCCCCACCUGUCCCUGGGCCUGGUCACCGAGCAGAGAGCACACCUGUCCCUGCAGGCCCCCGGAGAGUCCGCAGUCAGCAGUCUUGAAAGGACGGAGUCUGAGCUGGGGCCCAGCUGGGCGUCUGUGUUCUGCUUCCCCUUGUUCUCUCUGGUCACUGCCCUUACCUGCCCUUGCAGAAGGAGAGCUGGGAGCAGCCUGGGGGUCGCCCCAGAGCAGGGCAGGAGGGCUGUGUGGUGCUCUGCUAAAUCAGACGACUUGUCUCUGGAGUGUUCUCUGGCACUGUCUCCCACCCCCAGAAAGGUGCUGUGCGGCUCUUGAAAACCUCAGUGAAAGGAAGAGACUUGAGCUUUCACUCUCCACCCCCGGCCCCUCUGCCAGUCCUCGGCACGCAACAGGUGCUCAGUCGUGGGUUUGUAGACAGGUGGGAGGUUCGGAAUCUGCACCCGGGGGGGACACACAGGGGGCGGCUUUAGGAAGAUCUCAGGAAAACGGGGUUCUCUUCCCUCAGGGAGUCAUGAUGUUCAUGCCCUUGUCUCCCUGACAUGGGUCCUGGUUGUCCCCCGUGGCCAAUCUCGACUCUCUUUGCUGUCGACUGAGUCAGGGGACAAUCUGCCAUUGAAGUGUGCUACUGCAACCGUCCCAGGCCUCAAUGCUGGGUCCCAGAAAAGUGAAGGUGAAAACGACCCCCACCAAAAAAAAUCAUCCCCCUUAAAGGCACCCCCAUGGCUCACAGACGUUCCUGUGGCUGGUCCAGCUUUCCUCCCUCAGGUCAGGAGGCAGAAGGCUCGCAAGGGAAAAUGCCACAGCCACUGUGGCUGCUGGAGCCUUGUGAACCUGAAGUCCACUCUCCCUGGAACCAUAAUGAGAAGAGAGUUGGGUUGUUGCUUUCUUGUUUCGUGUCUAUUUUCUGUUACUUUAAUACCACCUCCAUCCCAUCAAAGUGUACUGUGAACUGGAAGAUGGUUGACAUGUUAAAUUUUGAGAGAUUUUUGGCAGCCGGUUCUGUUUAACACUUCACUCCUGGCUCUGUCCAGGGAGCCGGGCACCGCCAUCCCGGCAGGCCAAGGUGGCUGCCCAGGAGUGAGACUGGCUGUGAUGUGCCCCUUCUCCCUCCUGUGCCCAUAGGCUGCUCUGAGGUGACAGAGGUAAAUCUGGACCUAAGAAAGGAGGGACUUUAUUCAAAAGGGUUAUUGCAGUAGGGACAAUGCCUGGGCAAGCUGCUGUGAGGUCUGUCUGCACCCCAAAGCUCAGAAAGAAGUAACCUUUGCUUUUCUAGGGAGGCGUGGACUUGGCUCAAAGUGCAGUCAGGGACCGCCUCUGUGCCCGGCCUUUGGGGGCAGGGGCUGUGUGUCAGCUCAGGCUGAUGGCGGGUCCAGGCUCAAGUCAGAGGGCAAGAGGGGGGAGCUUUCCGGAGGCUCGGUGGGGUGAGUUAACCAGUCCUGUGUGCAGACGGAGGUGCGCAUAAAUCUUCCUAAAAGCUAAUUUAGUCUUCUGCCAGUUUUACAACCCGGGAAAUGUCUUUCUUAAGAGCCUGGGAGCCACCGCUGAAAUGUAAACCUCAGGGGACCUUGCGGGGAGACAGCGCCUGGCUCCCCGCCUAUUUUGGCGGGAACUUCAGCCCAGGCACCUGGCUCCCGGUGGGAACUGCCUGCUCGCCCUGGGUUCUUGUAGCCUUGUUUACGUCUCCCUCUGCAAGAAAAGCCCCUCUCUGCCCCAGCUUGGUGAGGUCUGCAGGUCUCCUGGGAUGGCAGUGGCCCCUCAGUCUUACUGCAGUUGUCCCCGCCCUCUCUUGCAAUAAUCCUUUUGAAUAAAGCCCCCCCCUUACCUCUGUCCUAAUUUGUUACUUGGCCCGGGGGUAGAAGACUUGCAUAUUUAAAUCUUUAAAUGGGGAGCCAGUUCUAAGUCAGUGACUGUGUGAAAUGCACCUGUAACAGCUUUGCUGGACACCAAGGAAGCCACGGGGAUGGGACAGGGACGUCAGCCAGAAAGGUGCUAAGAGGGGUUCCGCAGAAUCCAAGCCAGGUGCCCCCAAAGUGACCCUCCCCCACAUCCUCACACCACCCACCGUGCGUGUGUACGCGUCUGGGACCCAGGGCAAUGUGAAUUUUCUUUUAUUUGGGAGAUUCUUCGUGGAAAACAGAUCCUCUUCUCUCUUGUCCACCUAUUAAUUGUUUACAAUAUUUCUACAUCUAUGCAAAAUACUUGAAUGGGCCAUGGUGCCUUUUUUUCCUUGUUUGUAUUUAAUUAAAAUAAAUUGAGAUUUGAAAUGUU